AUGGCUUCAAGCACAAUACCAACACAUUAUCCACAACUUGUUGAUCCAACACGAACACCACUUGCAUUUCUUAGUCGUGCUGUUCCUCGUUUAAAUCGAGAACUUAAAAGUGAAGAUCUUUUACUACGUCAACGUGCAGUACGAUCAUUAUGUGAUUAUCUUCAUGAUCCAGAACAUAUAUUACCAUGUCUUAAUGAAGGUAUUCCAGCUACAUUACUUGAAUUACUCAAAGAUAAGGAUCAAUUUUGUCGUUUAAAAUCUGCUGAAUGUUAUUAUGUUAUUGCCAGUCAUGCUAUUGGUCGUCAAGCAAUGCUUACUUGUAAUGUAAUUCCACGUUUAGCUGAAUUAUUUGAUGACAAAGAACCAUCAGUUAGACGAAAUGCUCAUAAAGCUGUAUCUAUGUAUAGUGAAGCACCACCUGGUGCACAAAAUCUUAUUGAACUUCGUCUUGUUGAUACACUUCUUAAGAAGUUGAUUAGUGAACUUGAUGAAAUCAAAGAAUUAAUAUUAAAUACAAUUCAUUUUUGUUUAAUGGUUGAUGUUGAACAAGCACUUACAGCUGAUGCUAUGUCAACAUUAACAUCAUUACUUGAUCACCCAUCUGAUAAAAUAAAAACACUUGCAACAUUAACAAUAUUUCAUUUGAGUGUUUCACUUAAAGGUAAAGAACGUGCUGUAGAAAUUGGUACAGUUGAUCGAUUAGUGGCUUUACUUGAUUCAAAUAAUGAUGCAUUGAAAAGUAAAACAGCACUUGCUCUUUCAAUUAUUUGUAUUAUUACGCCAGGAAAAUAUUGUACAAUUAGAGCUGGUGCGAUACCAAAACUUUUAGCUAUGCUUAAAAAUGAAUCGAGUGAAUUAGUUGUCAAUGCACUUAAAGUUAUUGCAUGUAUUGCUGAAGCACCAGAAGGAAGACAACAAUUACUUGAAUCUGUUGAUCAAAUUGAACAAUACAGUAAUCAUCGAUUACCUAAUUUAGCGAAACAUGCACAAAUUGCGGCGAAAGUUAUCAAAUGGAAGCCUUAA